AUGCUGCCCGUCACGCGCCGCCUCAGGUCGUCGGCCUUUCCCGCGCCUUCCUCCUGGCCCCUCCACAUCCUCAUACUGGGGCUGCUGGUACCGGGGACCCUGCCAAGCAUGUCCAGACUGGCUCCAGCUGCCAAGCGCGAGAUCCUCAUAGACGGAGACUUGGUGAUCGGCGGCCUCUUCCCGGUGCACCACAAAGGCGAAGGGACGGAGGACUGCGGUAAAAUCAACGCGGAGAGAGGGAUCCAGAGACUGGAGGCCAUGUUGCUGGCGCUCGACGAGAUUAACGCCAGCGAUCGCAUCCUUCCGGGACUCCAGCUAGGGGCGCACAUCCUCGACACCUGCUCGAAGGACACCUACGCUCUGGAGCAGUCCCUCGAUUUCGUCCGGGCGUCCCUCACCAAGGUGCACGACCCGGGCUUCAUCUGCCCGGACGGGUCGCGACCUAUCCAGAACGAGGUCCCGCUGGCCAUUUCUGGGGUCAUCGGCGGAUCCUACAGUGACGUUUCCAUCCAGGUGGCCAACCUCCUGCGACUGUUCCAGAUCCCUCAGAUCAGCUACGCCUCCACCAGCGCCAAGCUGAGUGACAAAUCCCGCUACGACUACUUUGCCCGCACCGUCCCUGCGGACUUCUACCAGGCCAAAGCCAUGGCCGAGAUCCUGCGCUAUUUCAACUGGACGUACGUGUCCACCGUCGCCUCGGAGGGGGACUACGGCGAGACGGGCAUCGACGCCUUCCAGGAGGAGGCCCGCUCUCACCAAAUCUGCAUCGCCACCUCGGCCAAGGUGAGCCGCUCCAUGAACCGCCAGGGCUUCGAGAACGUGAUCCGAUCCCUGCAGCAGAAGUCCAACGCCAAGGUGGUCAUCAUGUUCACCCGCAGCGAGGAUGCCCGGGAGUUGCUGGUGGCGGCCGCCCGCAUGAAAGUCACCUUCAUUUGGGUGGCCAGUGACGGCUGGGGGGCGCAGGAGAGCGUGGUGAGGGGCAGCGAGACGGCAGCCGACGGCGCUUUCACCAUCGAGCUGGCUUCGUAUCCCAUCAGAGAGUUUGAAGAUUAUUUCACCAAACUGAACCCGUACACCAACACCAGGAACCCGUGGUUCAAAGAGUUCUGGGAACACCGCUUCGGCUGCAGCCUCCAGGAACACGGAUGCAGCGACCGCAGCCUCAGAGACGGCACUUUUGAGCAGGAGUCCAAGAUCAUGUUCGUGGUCAACGCGGUCUACGCCAUGGCCUACGCGCUCCACAACAUGAGGCAAGCCGUGUGCUCCAACGCGUCCAAGGUCUGCGAAGCGAUGAAACCAGGCAACGGCAAAAGGUUCUACAAGGAGUUCAUCCUGAAGACCAAGUUUGAAGCUCCCUUUCGACCCGUCGACACAGAAAACAUGGUGCGCUUCGACUCGGUCGGCGACAGCAUCAGUCGCUACAACAUCUUCCACUACCACAAAGAUGACGGGAAGUUCGUCUACAAGAAGGUGGGCUACUGGGACCAGAACCUGACCCUGAACACCAGCCUGGUAAGCUGGCGGGGGCCGGCACCGCCCACCUCCCAGUGUAGCGACCCCUGCAGGAAGAACGAGGUGAAGAGCAUGCAGCCCGGGGACGUGUGCUGCUGGAUCUGCAUCCCCUGCCAACCCUACCAGUACCUGCAGGACGAGUUCACGUGCGCCGACUGCGGCUUCGGCCAGUGGCCCCUGGACAACCUGACGGGCUGCUACGAUCUGCCCGAAGAGUACAUCCGCUGGGAGGACGCCUGGGCCAUCGGGCCCGUGACCAUCUCCUGCUUGGGAAUAAUGUGCACCCUGUCGGUGGUGGGUCUGUUCUUCAAGCACAACCAGACGCCCGUGGUGAAGGCGAGCGGACGCGAGCUCUCCUACAUCCUCCUCCUGGGAGUCUUGAUGUGCUACAGCAUGACGUUCAUCUACAUCGCCAAACCUUCCACCGCCGUCUGCACCCUCCGCCGACUGGGCCUGGGCACGUCGUUCGCCAUGUGCUACUCGGCGCUCCUCACCAAAACCAACCGGAUCGCCCGCAUCUUCAGCGGCGUGAAGGACGGCGCCCAGCGACCGCGCUUCAUCAGCCCGGCCUCCCAGGUGGCCAUCUGCGGAGCCCUCAUCUCCUGCCAGCUGCUGGUGGCCGUCAUCUGGCUGCUGGUGGAGGUGCCCGGCGUGAGGAAGGAGGUCAGCCCGGAGCGGAGAGACGUGGUCACCCUGAAGUGCAACAGCCGCGACACCAGCAUGCUCGUGUCCCUCACCUACAACUGCGUCCUCAUCGUCCUCUGCACCGUCUACGCCUUUAAGACGCGGAAGUGCCCGGAAAACUUCAACGAGGCCAAGUUCAUCGGCUUUACCAUGUACACCACCUGCAUCAUCUGGCUCGCCUUCCAGCCCAUCUUCUACGUCACGGCCAGCGACUACAGGGUCCAGACCACCACCAUGUGUAUUUCUGUCAGUCUGAGCGGCUCCGUGGUCCUGGGCUGCCUCUUCGCUCCCAAGGUCCACAUCAUUCUGUUCCAGCCUCAGAAGAACGUGGCCUCGCUGCGGGUCACAGCCAACCGCUUCAGUGCCACCGUGUCGGCGUCCGCGUCCGCCCCCAGUUCCAGUUACUCCAAAGGAUCCGCCGCCAACUACGUGCCAGCGGUGUGCAACGGUCGCGAGGUGGUGGACUCGACCACUUCGUCCUUGUGAGAGCGUCUCGACGAAAGUCCGAGCCGAGGCCGCGGCGCCCAGCCGGGCUGCACAGACAGAGUGUGCGGGCUGGACCAAUGUUCCGCCAGGGCGGCAGUUCGGAUCGCUUGGAAAGAACCUCUUUUGUAUAGAUUGAAUAUCCCGUGACUUUGAUUUUAUUUCGGUUUACAACUAGAUGUGGGCAAUGUGUAUGGAAGUAAAUUAUUCCCACCAGGAUUUGAAUUUGAAAUGUAAAGUGAUCACAUUUUCAAUGGUUGUAUUUCAGUGUAACUUCUCAAUGUUAA